CAUCACGACUACUUUCUGCCCCUUCAGCGUCUUUCGACCCAUCUCUAUCACGACCACACGCCCCAGCGCGUACAACAAACAAGCUCCAAAUAAAGGAGUCGACCGCAAUGUCCGUGGUCUCCAAGAACCCCUUCGACCUCCUCGGUGACGACGGUGAGGAGCGCGCUCCUUCCCCCGCCCCCAAGGCCGGCGCCGCCAAGGCUACCCCCGCCCCCGCGUCCGCCCAGCCCAAGGUCGUCCCCGGCGCUGCCCCCAAGGGCGGCCGUGGCGCCCGCUACCCUGCUCGUGGCGGCCCUCGUAACGUCUACCGCGAGGAGCGCCCCGCCGAGGGCGGCGAGGGCUUCGAGGGCGAGCGUGUUGCUCCCCCCAAGAAGGACCACCAGGGCCGUGACCGUCACACCAAGGGCCCCCGUGAGGACCGCACCCACACCGGCCCCCGUUCGCGUGCCCCCGGCGCCGCUGGUGCCCGUGGCCCCAAGGGUGGUGCCCGUGGUGGCCGCGCUGCCGGCGGUGCCGGCGGUGCCCAGGGCGACAAGAAGGCCGCCCCCGCCGAGUCGUGGAACAACGACGAGGGCAAGGCUGAGCUGAGCGCCGAGAAGCAGGGCGAGACCGACGGUGUUGAGGCCGCCGCCGCUGCCCCCGCCGAGGAGGUUGUCGAGGAGGUCGUCGAGGAGGAGGACACCUCCAAGACCCUCGACCAGUACCUCGCCGAGAAGGCUGAGACUGCCCUCUCGGGCGACCUCGGCAAGAAGGAGGCCCGCCAGGUCACCGCCGACAACCUUGAGGGCACCGCCUUCAAGCGCGAGGAGGACGAGGACUUCUUCUCGGGCAAGGCCAAGACCUCUGCCCCCAAGGAGAAGGCCCCCAAGAAGGAGAAGGUCUACAUCGAGGUCGACGGCACCUUUGCCUCGCCCGCCCGCCCUCCCCGCACUGGCGGUGACCGCCCCCAGCGCGGCCGUGGUGCCGGUGGUGCCCGUGGCGGCCAGCGGGGUUCCGGCCCCCGCAGCGGCGCCGCCCCCCGUGGCGGUGCCCAGCGCGCCCCCCGCCAGCAGGCCGUGUCGGUCAACGACACCUCGGCUUUCCCUGCCCUUGGCGCUUAAGCGCCUCCCCCUCCAUAUCGAGUUUCUAGCUCGUGUGCACGCUCUGUAGCGGCGUGGUUGUCCUCGUAAUCGAGGCCGGUGGAUGGUCAUAUCUGCUUGUUCGAUUUCAGAGUGCAAACUUUCCUCUCAAAAUGCAAAACUGAGCCAUC